AUGUCGAAAGAUUACAAAAGUGUAAUGUCCCCAGUAGGAAUUACUGUUGACAUGGACGGAUCGGAGUACCCACCAGUGGGAGGAAAAUUUAUGUUAUGGGUUCGAGGAGUAGGGUCCAGUCAGAUUCAAAGAUGGAAAGAGCCAACCGAUGGAGGUAUCACUGCGGACAAGUACGGUCGCUGGAGCACAGAUAGAAUGGAAUUAAUCGAUGAAGCCGACUGGGAUGCUCCAUCCAUCAUCGGAAGCCACCUGGCUUACCGGACUAUUCUUAAGCAUGUGAAAUCCUUUAAGCACUCAUCAGAUCACAUUACACUACGCAAACCCGAGGACUUUUCAAAGAUCUCCGUGGCGGGAGGUGUAGAGAUCGGUGGGAUCAUGAACUGUUCAAGGGCCUCGUCGGUGAAGCCCAUCAAUGGUAUCGAGAUAUCGGCGGUAGGUCCACCGACGCGUAAGGAGAAGGAGAAGAUAAUAAAGAACAGGUAUGAGAAGACGCCAGCUGCCAACACUCGAGACCAAGACCAAUUUUCUCGCGAUGGACGCGCAAAAGAAAUAGACGUGAACUUUGCCUGCAUGGACUCUGGAGGUGGAGAUGAGAACUGUGCUCAUAGUGCGAGUUCUUGCAGUUUGUGUCUUCCGCAUCACUCUCCCCCUCACGCUAAGGAAACUGUUACCGAUCCCGACGACUGGCGCGAAGGGAAGGAAUGUGUCGAAAAGGUGACAAGAGUGCACUCGGGAUGGUAUCUGCUUGUUCAGGAGGAGGGUAAGAGAAGACACGGAAGCCUCCUCCGCUACCAUCAGUUUUCAUUCUCGCCCUCGCUGUUCAGCAUGGCUUUAUGCCUGCAACACAUCUAUCGUUCCUCUUCCAUGCCUCUCACCUACGCCAAUAAUCACGACCUCUCAACGCCUUACGACAGACUCUUUUAUCAAAGUUUUGCUACCGGUAUCCAGGUUGAGCUCGAUCAGUGUAUCGAUCGGAACGAGUUUGCAGGGGUGUUGAAGGCAUCUUCUUGCACUCAUGGCAGGCUAUCCAGGCUUUUUUUCGACGUCUCAAAAACCCUCAGCACCGUUCCCUUAGCUCUCGGAACGGUCCUUCUCGACAUCUUCGACGACUUGUUGUUUGAUGCGCCCCAAUUUUUGCAUGACGGUGAUGAACGCAUAUCUACUCGAUUGCAGGGGAUAGCGCUAUGUUCAUGUCUGAAACACACGUAUAUUGAUGAGAUCGCAAGACUCUUCUGUGGACCUCGGAAGACUCUCCAGUGGCUUAAACACUGGCGAAGGGGCAUUUUUGGUAUAGGCAAAGGGUCCGUCAGCGUCUUUGUUGGAGAUGACUGUACAGAAGACGUGGUUGUUGAGGCUUACGCAACAGACAACGUCGAUGAAAAGGAUUCGGCAGACCUGGCUGACAUGUUUGACGUGGGGUCUACCGGAUUUACAGGAAAGAAGGGAAUCAAGCGAUAUCCAGGGGCAAAUGAAGCCUGCUACGAGAAGGCCGGAAAGAAUCAAACCCUGGUUUUCGUAAAAACAGUGAAAUUCGUGGUCUCCUUCCUUGUUUUGUUUCGUGCAAAUGCCUCGCUCGCCGGGUUUGUACGCGUUGGUAUCAAUUAUCAGGACGUCGAGGCCGAAGCCAUCACCGCAUACGCACCUACAAAACCUGUCAUCAACAUUGUUCCCUCACGGAGACAAUGCCACCUCGCAUACACUGCGGUCAAUGAUAAACCAGACAGGCUCCAUAACUUCGAGGUCGCAGGUUCAUCUUGGUCAUUUGCGGGAUGAAGGAAUGAAGGAGACAUUGAAAGGGGUAUUGGUUAUUUCCACGAGGCUAUGGAUAAGCAGAACGAGCACAUUGACCAACGUGUGUUUGAGAAUGGAGCUGUUCAAGUGUUCGUUCGACGCGGCAUGGUCGAUUCCGGUUGCUAGCGACAUGGCCAUCAUCAUGGGCAUGCAGUACUACGAAGGAAAGGAGCAUUGAUAUGUCAACUACCUCAUCAUGGAUGUUUUGCAAACAAUGGGUCGAGAGACGACGAAACAUGCCCUCAUGUGUCAACAGGCGAGGAAGAACUUUUACAAGAGAUUCUUGGUGGAGUCUUCCCAUUGAGAAGCAUCUUCUUGUUCAUUUGCUGCGUGACUACUUCCGGGCGGAGAUUGCAGCGAGAACUAUCAAGACGAAGCAAGAUGCUAUGGUAGGAUGCUUUGCCUCGUGAUGCCGAGCUGACUGUUCUCACCAAGAUACCUUUACCUCACUCCUUAUCCUUGUCUUUUCGCUUUUCCAGG